AUGCAGACUGCGCAAGGGACGAAAAACCUCAACCGGGGUGUCAAAGAAUGUAUCCAGCGGCGCGGCAUCUCAACUCAAGGUCCGAAUGCAACAGGUGCCCAGCAAACCCUUAGUGGCACAGUUUCGAAGUACACACCUCAGGCCCAUCGUGCCCUAAUAGCGAUGUGCUGUGCCGUUAACAAGCAUCCAUUCAACUUCGUAGCUGAUCCUCUUUAUAUCGAGGAAGUCAAGCUAUUGCGCCCUGAUGUGAUUGUACCAUCACCACGCAUGGUGUCACACAAUAUCAACGAAAUCUAUACUGAGGGAUCGAAAAAUGUCAAGGAGUACUUUUCGGUAUGA